AUGAGUCGGUAUCGGUCUGAAAGUGACGAAAAUCGUGGACGGACCACAUCUCGACCGACAAGCGAUGGCUUGUCCACUUUCUACAGGGAACGGUUUGGAAGUCAUUCCCCUGAGGAAUAUAUGAAUUUGCGAAUAUCCGGGUUUGACGACAAACUAGAACGAGAAGAGAUCAAGGAAAUUCUGGCUAAUGAGUUUCGAAAAUUUGCACCAUUUGAGAUCAAAGUAGUUCGAAAUCCUGGAGAUGAGGAAAGAUUGGCAUACGUCAAUUUUGAACGAAGAGAUUGUGCCAGAAAAGUCAGAUACACUGUAAUGGAUCGCUUAAGAAAAGUACUUGGUCGACGUGUCCUUUGUGAUCCUGCGGGAAUUCUCCGCGACCAAGAAGGAAAAUAUAUUCCCGACCGUUUCAAUCGUGCCCUUCAGGGUGAUCGAAGCGGGCGCCGUUCACCCGAUCGAAGAUCACGUCCCAAGGAACCACCCCAAUGGAGGUUGAAAGAAGACGAUUCCGAUGCUACGAGAACUCUUUUUGUUGGAAAUAUGCCAUCUGACAUAAGAGAAUCCGAGAUUCGCAAAACCGCCCUGUGUUCAUUCGACGCUCAGGGCCCUUCUUCGGUCGAUAUUCCGCUGCUGGCUCUCACGCGGGGCGUGCUCAAGACCCAUUUUACCACUAAGUUUUCGAAAGGUAUGGCAAAAUUGAGGAUAUUGAUAUCAAAACCGCCGGCGAACACUGAUGCAGCCUACGCGUUCGUCAUGUUCCAGAAUCUCGAACAAGCAAUGGAAGCGAAGCAUGGUGAACAUGAUCGCUCUAUAAGACCCGGUUCGGUGCGCUGUAAAAUUGGUUACGGCAAAAGUCAGGUUAUGCAAAUUAACGGAGAUUCAUUUGCAAGUCAAAUACGAAUCGUUCAAAGAAAAUCAGUCAUGUUAAGAGACGACACCCGCAAAGAAGCCAAACGCAGAGAGUGCGUAGGAACAAAGAAGCAAGCACAAAAUCUCAACUGGGUGACCCAGAACGCAGCCAGUACACCACAACCUAUAGUGAAAACUUUUGAGGAACUCGAUGAGGAAUACGCCACAACUUGGCAAGGACAGGUGUUGCUCAAGAAGACGGAAUAUAGCAUCAAAUUGUACCGAAUAGGUGGAACUGAGAGACUUAUCCAAAAGUUAUUACGAGAUGAUGAUGGGAAUGCCGUCAAAUUGCACUCACCAAAGAGUGAUUAUUGUGUAGUCACUGUGACUGCCGGACUUCUGUACAUAUUUCCACACAGCGACAUGGCUACUAAGCUAAUUACUCAUUUUGCACCAACUGUGCGUCUGAUGUCUCAAGGAUGCCCCUUCCUAUUCUUUGUGCUGGGGCUCAAAACGUCCUCAGCUGCUGCUUCGCCUAAUCGUUGA